GCUAGCUACCGUUAGCUAGUCAUCCUGCUAACGCUGGACAGCUCCUGUUAAAGGCUGGGCUAGUUUUGGACAAAGGACCAACGCAAGGAAAAAAUACAAACGCAGGGCACACAGUUAAUCGUGUUUGGGAAGGAGAGCAACAGACAAGGAACUGACAUGAUGUUUCCACAAUCAAGACACUCAGCUUCAUCGCAGCAGCUGAAAUUCACAACCUCUGACUCCUGUGACAGGAUCAAGGAUGAGUUCCAGUUCCUCCAAGCACAAUACCACAGUUUGAAGCUUGAGUGUGACAAGUUGGCCAGUGAAAAGUCAGAGAUGCAGCGCCAUUAUAUCAUGUACUAUGAGAUGUCCUACGGGCUCAAUAUUGAGAUGCACAAACAGGCUGAGAUAGUGAAGAGAUUGAACGGGAUCUGCGCACAAGUCCUCCCCUACCUGUCUCAGGAGCACCAGCAGCAGGUCCUGGCAGCCAUAGAGAGGGCCAAGCAGGUCACCCCCCCAGAGAUGAACUCCAUCAUAAGGCAGCAGCUCCAGGCUCACCAGCUGUCUCAGCUCCAGGGUCUGGCCCUGCCCAUGACCCCCCUGCCGCUGGGCCUGAGCCAGCCAACCCUCCCCGCUGUCACCACCUCCUCCGGCCUCUUCUCCCUCUCCUCCCUGCUGGCCUCCCAAGCCCAGCUGGCCAAGGAGGAGAAGGCGUCACGUGAUGGAGUCGACAGCCACCGCGAAGAGGACGGAGACAAGUCUGAUUAGAUGGUGUUCCCAUUCAGUUCUGUUUUAAUCCAGAGACCCGAAACCCCAGAUCCAACCCCCCUUGGCCUACAGCCUCUCCCCUGGUCUCCCUCUAUCUGACCUUAGCUACCAUGGGCUCUCAUCCCAUCUCCACUAUCACCACAGCUCCAGCCACAGACCCCUAACUAACUCCCAUAAUUGGGAGAGCUAUGGAACCUGCCCCUCUUCCAGACGAGUCCUGAUUCCUUCAUAUUUACCAUACUUAGAUUAUUUCUUUAUCCUCCCUUCUGUUUAUCACCAUCAGUGUCUCUCUCUCUCUCAUAUAUCCUGUGUCUUUUCUUCAAACACCUUUUUUUGUAUAUGAUUAUGCUUUGUUUUUCACUGUAUAAUUUUUUUAUCAGGAGUACUUUCUAUUUCUGUUGCUUCUUGCCAUCCAGUUUCUCUGUCUCUCAGUUGUUAUUCCUGUUUAGUUUGUUUUGUUGUUUUUUUUUUUCUCUCCAUGCCUCUCUAACCCCCCCCCCCUUGCCUCUGUUCUAAGCGGGUCGAUGUUAAGCAGGACUGAUCUGUGAGACUGAACGCACCGUACUGUAGGUGUCAAAACAAGCUAAAUGUUAAACAAAGGGAUUCCUUGGCAAGCUGUAAAACUUGCCGCACACAACACAGGAUUCCUACAAACUCACUUUCCUAAGAUAAGGUCUCACAGAGAUCAGUAGUGUUGUUUUUGUUUGUUUGUUUGUUUUUUUCCUUUGGCAGUUCAAGCAUGCAUUCAUCCCAAGCUAAAAGUUGGCUGUGAGUUUAUGCAGUGGAUUGCUAUGGAUCAGCAAAAUGGUUAAACAUUGCCCUAAUUCCCAAGCUAAAGAGAGAAAUAUUCAUCUUUUAUUGCUUUCUACAGCAACAGUCACGUCUUAACCAAAAAUUGCUGCUUUUAGAGCAGAAUUGUUGUAAUAAGGCGACACCUCCAGUCGAACUAGAGAUUUUGUGUAUAAUCCUAAAUUUAUAUGGAGAAAGGAAAAGCAUCUUGUUAGAGCAAACGUCAUGCUGAGAGCUGUCAGACUAGAUAACAAACCCACCUUAGUAAGUUAUCCCCCCGAUUUUGCGAUCCUUUCUGACCCUGCAAGGUAAGUCAGAUAAAUCCGCCGGGCACCUUAACUGAAGGCAGCGUUUUCACCAGAAGCUAAAGGGAGCUGUGGUAGCAACAAACAAAACAGAGAUGCCAGUUGACUCGUGUAACCUUCCAUCACCUUUUUCAUCUUUAAUGUGCACUAAUAUCACAGCAGAGACUGAGGGGGGAGAGCUGCAUGUUGUUUGUUUGACAGCAGAGGGCAGCGUGUGUCUUUGAAGAACCUUCCUGGCUGAGUUCAGGGCUUAGCAAAACAAGGACAGGACAAUGACAGAGUACAGGCUUGGUCACAAGGGAAAUGGCUUGUUUAUCCACACUGAGUGUACAAACUUAAUAUACAGAGACUAGACUGGUGACAUUAAUCUCAGCAUGCGGUCAGUUCCGGACUCUGUCACGAUCCGGUUCUUCCUGAAUACUCUUUGAUCUAUUUAAAGGAACAUCUCUGCCCCCGCGUUUAUACGGAAAUAUUGUCCCUCUGUAAAUUCAGAUUUAUGCUGUACAUGUUGAUUCACUGUGCACGCGCAGGUCUGUCACAUAUUCGACUAACACUACAUUAUACAGGUGAUUUAACAUCUGCAUACAACACUGAGUGGGAAAUCUCCAAGAUCUAACCGUUAUAUCAGUUCAGAUCAGACGGAUGGAGCACAGGAAGCUUCUUCAGCCCUGAUGAGUCAAAAAACAACUCCCCCUCAGCCUUACAGGCCCUGCACACCUACCCACGUGUUGUCAAUUACUCAGUUACUCUGUCUGAUCAGUUACCCUGACCUCUCGUCAGGUGGAAGUUGGGUGAAACUAUGCUGAGAAUAAUGUGUUGUCUCUAAACUCUGGCUUCAUUUGCUGUCUCCGGCUCUAAGUGUUCCCUUUGCCAUUUUAUUUGAGUGUCAGAACUCUGUUAACUUUAUAGCGCCCUCAGCAGCCCAGCGGUUAAAACGCAAACCAUACAGUAUAAUUACAAAGUCCCCAGCUUGAUUUCGGCAGAGAACUUUUCUUCCCUUAUUUCCUGUUGUUUCUUUAUUGUCUACCUGUGAAUAGAAGCUGUCAUUAGACAACUUAAAACGGUCGAAGGACUUAAGAAUUGUGUGUGCUGUGUGAAGGUUAAAAACACUGUGAACUGACAACAUACUACUCUUUCCAUUAUGUUUGGGUUUAAUAACUUAGAACUGUUGACUCUGGCAGAUGUGAGGCAUCCAGUUUCCUUUGGCUUUCAGGCACAUCUGUAUUAUUAAGGGCAAAGUCAGACAUAUCGGAGCUUUCAGAAAAAAAACUGACCUUCCCAGUUUCCCAAACUGGAACUCCGAAAUGACAUGAACACAGCAUAACAGGUGCAACAAAACUACUAGAAGUGUGAGGGAGAUGUCAAUCGAGCACAGUUCAUACUCACCCACAGAGUCCUGGGAGGAGGUGUAAUUAGGCAACAUAAGUGAAAACACAUGUGUGGCUGGACACCUGUGUAUAGGGGCUUUAACAUGGCUUGAGGCAGCCAAAAUGGCUCCAUUGAAUGUUUGCUUUUUACAAUUUGAGAAAGUUUGAAAUUCAACAUGUUCCCCCCAUUUGAGAUUUUUUAGGGUGUUUUGCAAACACAUACAUUUCCAGUGAUAAUCAAACUUCUGACCUUAACACUUUCGGUCUACCAAGAUUAUCUGAUUGACUCUGAGUCUAGUUGCCACCUGUGUUUGUAUGAUUGUAUGAUCUGAAGACAGCCCGUGCAUGAAGUUAUGUUUUAUACAAACUCCCCCCACACACAGAGACAGACACACACACACACACACACACACACACCCUUUCUUAGCCUCCCCUCUCUGUUUUAAUGGCUACACUGUGUGAGUGAAUAGAUAUGAAGAGUUUCAUUCUUAAUUUCUUGAUUUCAUUCUUAAUUUUACACUUAUCAAAAUGAUCUCUGGCAUAAUGAUAAAGGACAUUUUAUUGUUGAAGUCACCCUAAGACAUUUGCUCGCAAAAUUGCUGAUUCAUGUUCAAGUUUGAUACAUUGGCAGUGGAAAAAAAAAAAAAAAUACAUAUAAAGGAAUUUUAGAAUAAAACCCUUCAUGUGUCUAAAGGUUUAGAUGAUAAACUGUUAAAUCAUUCAAUGAUGCCCAUUGUUGUGUAUGUAUGUGAACAAGAUGUGUAUAAACAGUUGUACAGGUUUGGUCGUCAGUGAUAAACCACAGAGAUGAAAUGCAUUGCUGUUCUUACUACAAACGCUAACAUGCUAUUCUGCUCGUGAAUUAAGCUCGCAGCGCAUCAUCCUCCUAUCUAGCCCCACAUACUGUAUGUAUCUAUCUACAUACUGUACUUGUCGUAGUGAUAUGCAGAGCAUGUAGGCAAAGCGACACACACACACACCCAUCAGUGCAUGUCUGCAGGGGAACUGAGAAUGAUUUCUUUCUAGUGGAGACAUUUUUUAAAAGAAUGUUUGGUCCAAAUUUUCUGUGAUCAAUGCACUUGUUUUUUUGUUUUGUUUGUUUUGGCUUUUGUUUUGUUUUUUCUCUUCUUUGUUUUUACAUAUUAAUCGAUAUGAACUAGAACCAGAAAUACAAAGCUGAUGUUAUAAACAUACAAAUGAAAUUCUAUGUAUUUGUUAAAGUAGUUGGAGGUGCUGGCCUCUGUAUACAGUUAUACAUAGAAAGCUUUAUGUGUAUAUGACUGCAUCUUCUCUUGUCUGUCCUGGAUGAUUCUUGUGCUAUUGUGUUACAAAACUGAUGUGACACCAGGAGGGAAACUGCAGUACGUUGACCUUUUGCCCUUUUGACCCCUUUCCUCUUCUCUGACACCCUCAUCCCCUUUAAUCCCAUGCCACAUCCCGCCUUCCCAACUUUUUGCCCCCAUAGCGUGAAGCAUUGUAAGCGUUUCGAGCUUUGUCAAGGUCUUUUUUUAAAUACUUAUUUUGUGUAUAACGUAAAACCUGAAAGUGUGUACUUUGGGAAAAAAAAAAUGUUUUGUGUCUGAGAUCAUAGCUUCAUUUAAACAAACAAACAAAAAAAAGAAACUAUAAAAAAGUACAACAAACAUUUACUAUAAAUAAUAUGAAAUGUUCUGCAGUAAGGAAGGACUUCUGGUGCCUUACAAAUAAAGUCAAUCAAAUCAUAAA